AUGGCGACUCUGGACGCCGACAGCCUCCAGGUCCUCCUCGAUGGGUUGGGUGUGGACGACACGGGCCGUUCGUUCCCAGCCGCAGACGUUCUGACGCGGCCGCUUGACAUCUACCGAACGCAUCUAGCACAAGUUCUUGUGAAGCUCACUGAUUGCGAGCCACAGCUGGCUUAUGAUUCGAUCCAGGAGCCCAACGACUACGGCGAUCUGGAGGUGGUCAUUCCGCGUCUGCGCCUCAAGGGAUCAGACCCCAAGGAGCUCGCACUCAAUCUGGCUGAGAAGUUUCCAGAAACACCUCUUUUUGACCAGCCCUUUGAGGACGGCAUUCACGUCCGACUGUACAUAUCUCCGGAAACUUUGGCUCGCAUCCUCCUGCCAUACAUUCUCGACCGUGGCAAGUUCUAUGGCAGCUGCCUUUUUCCCGGCCUCACAAGUGGCGAUGUUCAUCGUGGCGCUGGCAGACGAGUCAUCGUUGACUUCUCGUCGCCCAACCUUGGCAAAGAGUUCGACGGCACCCACUUACGAAGCACCGUCAUUGGCGCUUCCAUUGCUUCCUUGUAUGAGGGCAUGGGAUGGGACGUACGACGCCUGAACUUCCUUGGCGACUGGGGCAAACACAUCGGCCUCCUUGCUGUCGGAUGGCACAGGUUCGGCUCGGACGAGCUGCUCGAAGAGGAACCGCUCCGACAUUUACUCGACGUAUACGCAAAGAUCGACGAACUGUCCAAGGCCGAAGCCUCGGCUAAUCAGGAGAACAACACGGAAGUCGACACCGCAGGCGAGGCACCACUUACCGAAAAUGUCCCGAUUUCGACUCAGCUGGACAACGCCUUUAAGAAAAUGGAGGAUGGCGAUGCCGACGCCGUUGCAUUGUGGAAGCGACUUCGUGAGGCCUGCGUCACAAGGUAUGCCGAUUUAUAUGCCGAGCUCAACAUCAAUUUCGACGACUACUCGGGAGAAUCCGAAGUCAGCAAAGCCACCAUGUCCGAGGUCGAGGCAAUUCUUACCGAGAAUGGAGUCUACGAAGACAGUAACGGAGCUUGGAUCAUCGACUUCAAGAAGCACGGAGCGAAAGGUCUACCAACUGUGACUGCACGUCACCCUAAUGGGACAACCAGCUAUCUGCUCCGCGACGUGGGAGCGGUUCUCGAGCGCAGAAAGAAAUACAACUUCGACAAGAUGAUCUACGUCGUCUCUGCAAAGCAAGACGUUCAUUUCCAGCAGCUAUUCCGGACGCUGGAGCUGAUGGGCGACGAGUACCACAACCUCGCACAGUCUCUGCAGCACGUGAGUUUCGGUCCUGUUCGAGGCCUGUCACCACAGUCAGCGAGCAGCGGGCUUCUGUUGGGCGACAUCCUUACACAGUGCCAGGAGGUGAUGCAAGAGAGCCUCAAGGCAGAGGGAAAUGAUGAUUUCUUCCAGAGCUACGGAAUUAACGGCGAUGGAGCUUUGACUGAUGCAAGUGAAUUUGCCAGGCUUGCUCUCAUCAGCCAAGAACUGUCGACCAAGCGCUCCGCCACGCUCAACUUCACUCUUGGAACCGAUGAAAAGAUUGGCGCUCUCGCUGACAACUAUCCUGGUUUGAGAGUUCAGCGAUGGCUCGAUAAUCUUCGGUCAAAGGCAAAGCUUCAGGGUGGUGAAGCACGGCGAAGCCUCGAGCACGAAGGCCUCGAUUACACGCUUUUCACUGAAGAAGAAUCGUAUUCAUACGCAGAUAUGCUCAAGUUGUUGGCGCGGUUCCCGAUUUGCGUGAAGCACGCGUUUGACAAGCUUGAGCCUGCGAUCAUCCUCUCGUACUUGGUCCAGGUGAUUGACAUGUUGCCGUCGGUAUGGGAUGAGGAGGAGAACAAUCCCCAUUCCGAGGAUACUGGGAUUGAGCCCGAUAAUGAAGGAGAGGGAUCAUCAUCAGCCGUGCGACCUGCCCGGAAUCACGACGCCCUGAGGACCAUCUUCUGUGAAUGCGUCCGGACGGUAGUAGAAAACGGUAUGAAUCUGAUUGGCCUCGUGCCUAUCAAGGAACGAAAACGAGAAUCCCUGGAAGUGUCAGAGUCAACGCCAGCGGUCUUGCCCGAAGAGGUGAGCGAGGGGGCACCUCCUAUGGUUCAAUCGCAAGAAGCCGGCACGGAACAAGCUCCCACGGUCCGUCCACAAGGAAAUUGUGGGGAGCCAAGUGCUCCAGCCAUGCCGCAAGAGGUCAACGAAGAGCUGACACCUACAGCUAAUCCACAAGAUAACCACGAGGCCACUGAUGUGGCUGAGGUGCAUGUAGCCAUCGAGGAGCUAGCGCUUCCAACUGUGCCACCAGAGCUCAUAGACGAGGUCACCGAAGACGCAGCGGAGGUUCCAGCAGCGACCGACUCGUCAUUACCAAAAGAGGUGGACGCGGUGGCAGAUCCCACGGGCGUGCUGCAAGGAGUCAAUGAAGAAACAGGCCCGGCCGUAUUGCAAGAAAACAGCGACGAAUCAGCGGACGUUGGCCAGCUGCAGGAAAGCAAUGAGGAAACAACACUUCCAGCUUUGCCAAAAGUCACCGAGCAGACGACGCUUCCAGCCUUUGUGCCAGAAGAUAAUGAUGGGGCAACGGAGGUAGCUCUGGCAGGAGAAAUCGCAGAAGUGGCUAACCCCUGGAUCACACCGCAAGAAAGCAGGGGAGACGACGCUCCCAUGACUAUUUCGCAAGUUAUCAACGCAGAGGCCGCGGUCCCUGCCAUGCCCCAAGACCGAGAGGACCCAGGUUCUACAGCUGUUGGACAGGAAGUGAACGAGGCAGCACCCGUGGCUAUACCUCAGGAUAUCAACGAGGAUGCUGGGCCUUUACCUAUGCCCGUGGAGGUUAUAGUGGAAGCAGCCGUUCCAGAAGAGAUCAACGACGCAGCCUCCGCCGGUGUAUCGAAAGGAGACAACGAAGACCCAUUGCUUAGUGCAAUCUCAGAAGAGGCGCACGAGCCCAUCGGUACUCCUCAACCCGUUAACGAGGACUUGCCUGCGCCUAUACCUGAGGAAACCAACGUGGAAGCAAUCAGCACAUCAAUCCCGUCAAGGGCAAACGCAACAGAGUCCCUAGAUACUCUUCAAGGACAGAACGAGGAAAACUCCGCCCCCGAGAUGAAGGAAGUCGACGUGGAACCGACUACCACCGCCAGCCCGGAGGACGAAGGUAGACGGUGA